ACCUUCCCUCCCUUGGCUCUUUUCUUUUUCAUGUUCCUAAGCAUUCUUGCCCCUUUAAAACCCACUUUAGUUGGUUUCUUCUUCAUUGCUCCCUGAUCUGAACCAGUGUCCCUGUGUGGUUGGUGGUGGAGACAAAAUGUAAUGUGUGCAACCACCUUGUAAAUGGCAAGGUGUUCCAACAGGUUGCUUGUUAUUCUAUUAUUGUCCCCUCCCCACCAAAUCCCCACCCAGUGGCUCAUUCUGAGCUCCUUUUGUCAUCCGGACUCUCGCUUCCCUGCCUCCUGUUGUGUCUGUUCAGGAUCUGCUCUCCCAGUCUCCCUCCUCUUCCUCUUCUUCUCACGACUUCCCUUCUUUCCUCAUUUCCUCACCGCCUUCUUAGGAAAGAGUUAAUUUUGGUUUGCCGAGCACAUUGAAGCUAAGGCAUUAAAGGCUAACAGAUUUGAUGCUAACAUGUUGGGGAAGGUCACAUUUUAACUGGAGACUCCUCAAACUUCAAAAUAGAGCCUCCAGUGAAAUUUUAGGCAGCAUCAACAGUCAGUGGAGGAGAAAAUGAGCCUUUUCCUGGUGCUUGUGCGUAUGAAGAACUUCUUACUCCACCCAUUCAAGAGUUGGGCCUUAAUGUAAUGUGUACAGGCUACUGAAUAAAAUACCAAACAGGGACAUGAAGGGUCCAGGAAGUUUUGGUUGGGGGAGCCAAACAAGGAUUAGAGCAUCUUUUAAGGAAAAGUUAGGAAAGAAACAGUAUGGUUAAGAAAUAAAGUACAAAGUAUGAGUAUUUUCAAUCACCCCUGGAGCCUCUCUUCUGUUAAUAUCUCCCUGCCUUGGACUCUGGUAAGGAACAGGCAAAUACAGGUUAGGCAAACAGACACAGGGAGUCAUUGAGCUGGGAGUGAUUCGCAUGCCAAGAGAGAUCACAGGGAUCCUCUUUUCAAAUCCUGGGGGACUGGAGGUGUUUGCUGGCAGGUAGGCUUUUGCAUGAAUCCAAGGAGAGAGCUCUCUGGAUCCCUGGUCUCAAUAGGGUGGCUUGGUCAGAGAAGCCGUUUUUCCCUGUGGAUGCGUCCCAGUUUGAUCAGAACCUCCUGGAGAGGAUGCCCUCACCUGCAUUGAUCUUCAUGGUCGUCUUCUUCCUGGAGUCACUGGCUGCAAUGUUGCAGAAUGGCUUCGUGGUUACUGUGCUGGGCAGGGAGUGGGUGUGAUGCCGGAUGCUGCCCGCGAGUGGCAUGAUUGUGGCCUCCUUGGCCGCCUCCCGGUUCUGCCUGCAUGUGGCCGUCCUGAACAACCUCUUCACCUUCUUUGAUUUUCGUUCCAUAAUGGACUAUUUCAGCAUCCUCUGGAACUUCUUCAACACUCUCUCUUCCUGGCUCACCGCCUGGCUUGCUGUCUUCUACUGUGUGAAGACCGCCAUCUUCUCCCACCCUGUCUUCUCCUGGCUGAGGUGGAGGAUUUCUCAGUCAGUGCCCAGGCUGCUGCUGGGCUCCCUGCUCAUGGCUGGUCUGGUGGUCAUCUCAUCAACCAUUGGGACUAUAUUUCCUGUGCAGGUGACUGCCUCCCAGAAUUCCCAAGGAAACAGGACCCUGGCUGAUAGACUACAGAGCUAUUGGCACUUUUUUCAUCCUCAUGCAAUGCUUAUGUGGUUGAUCCCAUUCCUUCUGUUCUUGGUGUCCACGCUUUUGCUCAUGUGCUCCCUGCACCGGCACUUGGGGCAGAUGAGGGAUCAUAGACUGGGUCCAUGUGAUCCCAGCACCCAGGCUCACAUCAUGGCCCUGAAGUCACUUGCCUUCUUCCUUGUCUUCUAUACAUCAUAUUUUCUGUCCCUGAUUGUCAUUACUAUGAAAAUCGCAACCUUCCAGGGUCACUGGCGCUGGGCCUGGGAAGUGGUGACCUACACAGAUCUGCACUCCAGCAUCCUGAUGCUAAGCAGCCCCAAGCUGAGAAAGGCCCUGAGGACCAGGCUUUGGAGAGUUCUGGAAAAAGGCGGGUUUAUCUCAAGUUAUCAGUAUCCAUAACCACUACCAGUGGACAAGCCUGUAAGUGGCUAGAACCCCCAAAGUUUGGGCACUGUUCUUCUCUCUUUUCAUUUCCUUCUUACUUUCCUGUUCCUUCCAUGCUGCAUUAGCUUUUUUGGUACCCUGUUUUGUUCCUGCACUGCUCCAGGUCCCCAGUUUGGGUCCCAAACCACUGUGGGCUGGGAUGGUGGCCUCAUUGCCUCACAGACCUCUCGUACCUUCUGUAUGAGCAGCCAUAACAGAUUUUUCCAAGCAUCAUUUUGGUCUGUACCUCUUUACAGAGACCUGUAAUGGUUGUCGGUUAUCUCUGUGGUCAACCUGAAGUGUUUUUUAAUGGUGGCAUAGAUUGUCCCACACCAUCCCUCCUUAUUACUGCUCUGCUGUCAGCUCGGUCUCUCCACUCCAGCCCAGUAAUUUGGCCCAUCUGGAACUUCCUUCUUUCCUUUGCCAUUCUUGGCCAUUCCCUUCUUUUGUGCCCUGCUUAUGACUGAUUCCACCCAGCCUUUUCGAUGUGGUCCCAUGAAAAGCUGAGGGUGUAUAUGAGUUUUGUGCCAUUCUAGGCCCUGCCCAUGAUUUUGUGUGUUUGCUAAAUGUUGAAUUAAAAGGAAUUGUCUGAUGUGGAAAUGCUUUUAGGUUUUGGCCAACUGAAGACAGAGAAGGAAAACAAAAUAAAUUUGCCGUAGUUCUUAAU